GUGGUCAGAGAAGUAGUCACUUGUUUUCCAGAGAUUCUUAGAAAAUUCUUUUCUCCAUUCAAUUAUUGGGGCUUAUGUCGUGUUCUUCCUUUGCAACUUCCGUGUUUAGGCACCGAAGUUUCCAGGAAAUAUACCAAAAAGUUUCUUUUGUCUGAAUAUUAAUUAUUAACGACGAUAGGAUGUAGGUAAUUUCAAUUCCAACCAAAAAAAAAAAAAAGACAUACAGAUUUUGCUGUCCCAGAACAAGUUCCUUCAUUGCGUCUUCCAGAUUCUUCUUUUCUUUCAAACAAGAAUCGAUCAAACUCCUUUUGUUUCUAAGAAAGAACUCGAGAUCGGAUGGCAAUAGCUUCUUCUUCUCCUUCUUCUUCUUCUAAUGUAUCAGUGAUCCCAACGGGACCUCAAGUGUUCAUCAGUUUUAGGGGAAAAGAGCUACGCAAAGGCUUCAUCAGUUUUCUUGUGCCUGCCUUGAAGAAAAAAAACAUCAACGUCUUUAUAGAUGAGCACGAGGUGAGGGGAAAAGACCUAAUCAGCCUGUUUAGGAGGAUAGGUGAGUCAAAAAUCGCGUUGGUAAUCUUCUCUGAGGGAUACACCGAGUCAAAAUGGUGUUUGGACGAGCUGGUACAGAUCAAGAAAUGCGUUGAUCAAAAGAAAAUCAUAGCGAUUCCCAUCUUCUACAAGCUUGAUCCCGCAGUGGUGAAGGGUCUUAAAGGAAAAUUCGGCGAUAAAUUCAGGGAUCUGAUUGAGAGAUAUCAUCAUGAACCAGAAAGAUACCAGAAAUGGACGGAAGCUUUGACUUCUGUUUCCCGAACGUUUGCAUUGUGCUUACCAGAACACAGUGAUAAAUCUGAGAAGGAUUUCAUAAGGUCAAUCAUCAAGGAAGUUAAGAAAGCCCUGUCAAAUAUCUCCAGAGAAAGAAAUGGAGAUAGAGAAGAAAUUGACGACUGUUUCGUGGUUUCUGAAAGGAAACUCACUACCGAUAUGUACGAUACACCAGAAGUUUCGACGUCGACGAUGAGGAAGGUCUCCUCCAACAAUGGAGUCGGAGUCGGUACGUUUAAGUCACAGAAACCAAAUUUCGACGAUGAAGAUGACGACGGAGACUCCCUUUUAAAAGCGUUGGUUGCGAAGCUCGUCGCUAGUACAACUUCCAUUGUAGCUGCUUACGCAGAGCUUCAGAGGGCGCAUAGCGACGCUAUACAAGCGGCGGAAACGGUGGUAGUUGAUGUUAAAACUUUAUCGGAGCUUAUACGGAGUAGUAACGGAGGAGGUGGUGGAAGUGGCAGUGGAAGCGGUAGCUCCCUUGAGAAUCAGCCGAGGAGAUCAAAGGUGAGGAAGCAAGUGUGGGCUGAAGUUCUCGGCAUCUCAUCCGACUCCACCAUCAUAUUAGAGUGUAUAUAGUUGGUUUAGUUAUGGUUUAGAUUCGUUAGUAUUUUGAUUUAGUUUACUUGUAUUUAAGUUUAAUUAUAUAUCAUUUUUACACUUAAC